AUGCAAAGUUCGAUACAAUUCCUUUGCAUUACUUAAAAUGUUUUUAGUUAAGCGCAAUCUCGAUUAGCUUACGUUUUAUUUGCAAAAACUGAACUGAUUAGAUAGUUCAACAAAUUCCUGAGAGCACGACGCAGGCAGAAGUCUGGUACCAACUUGACAAUAUACAAAUCUGAUUGGCUUAUCCUGUAUAGGAAGCAAAAUUCGAAUAGGUCAUCGAUUUCAAGGUUGUUAACUUGUUAUGAUUUUCCACGAUCGACUCUUCUAAACACUGUUCUAAAUGGGAAGGAAGAGAAAACUUGGGCAAUCUAAGCAAAACUGGGGCUCUACAAAUUCACGGAAACAGAGAAAGAAGAGAAAAACUCGCGGAAAAGGAUUUAAACAAGCAAAAGUUUCAAAUGAAGUCGAUUCGUUGCAUAUCGAGCCAUCGACCUCGACGACCUGCAAAUUGUCCUUAACUGCUAUUCGUGAGAGAUCAGAGUCUUCUUACUGUGCAAUCUCUUGUGCUUCGGCUGAUGAAGGUAUGCAGAGAUCGAGGCUCUGGAAAAUAGGUGUCAUCUUAUCUCGCCUGAAAAACUUGGCCUCUUUUUGUCAGCAUUUUACCGUAGACUGGUGUUUCAGGUCCAUCAGAAGUGUGUACCUUAUUUUAAACUGGCUUAAACAAACGUUUGGUUGUGGAAUACAAACACUAGGAAAGGUUCUGCUAGGAGACAAAGGCCAUCCAGUUUUGUUAGACAGGAAAACCCACCUUGAUGAAAUGGUGAAAAGAAUGAAUGCCUUGGAGGAGGAAGUCGAUCAACUGAAAUCAGAACUUGCCAAGAAGUCAACUUGUCCAUGUGGGGAUCGCUGCAACAGAUAUGUACCAAGAAUUGAAUGUGCACCAAACGGUCUUCCUCCACCUCCUCCCCCACCCCCUCCCCCACCUCCUCCUGUUCAACCUCCACCAGCUCCCCCCUUAGCUUUUCUCAAGAAUAAACAGCCUGUAUCCAAAGCCAAUAUUUCCCAGGAAAAUAAAAAUACAGUCUCAAGAACCUUGGUGACCUUGGAGGAUCUGAAGAAAGUCAAGCUAAAAAAAGUCAAACAGGUUGAUGAGGAGGACAAAGAAAACACUGAGUCUGGGCCCAAAAAAACUGGGUCCACGUUGAACAAAUUGAAUAAACAAAAUGAUAAGCACUGUUUGGUAACUCUGAGGGAUUUAAAGAAUGUGAGAUUGAAAAGAACCAAGGAAGAUGAUGGUCUAGAGAAAAUAAAAUUACGAACUCCUGAAGAAAUGGUGGUCAUGAAAAGAAAUCUACGUAAAGUGAAUAUUUGUCGUAGUCCAGGUGGAACUCCUGUGGUAUCUGAAAAAGUUCUUGAGCAUGGAACUGGUCUCACACCGAUGAUGACAAGAGCAUUGAAAAAGAAAUUCCAGCAUGCUAACCCUUAUUCUUCACCUGAUUCGCCAUCAAAGAGACAGAGUUUGUCUCCAAUGACCAGGUCACCAAAUUCACAGAAAGCUUUAUCUCCUUUGUCCUACAGAUGAAGUAAUUUCUAUAAGAUUUACUUAAGUUCACAUGGUAACCAGGUGGACAAUCAGGCAAGGUUUGAUGCUACUCUGGUUUAAAGAUUUGUUGAAUGUAACCACCAUCAUCAGGGGUGAUCUAAUUGUUGCAACAAGGUCUUUUUAUAUGCUCACUAAUUAGCUGCCCUUUUUUCUGACAAGGUGACACCUAUUUACACCUCAUCAGAAAAAAGGGAAGCUAAUUAGUGAGCAUAUAAAAGAACCUCUUGUUGCAGCAAUUAGAUCACCCCUGAUGAAGGCACUAGACACUAGAGUAGCAUCAAACCAUGUGUGAUUUUUAUUAGCUUUACAAAAGGUAGCUUAUUUUUUAAUAUCCUGGGCCCAGUUGUUUAAAAGGUAGAUAACUAUCUGACAGAUAAAUUGUUAUCCAUUGACUAACGGUAAACAAAACAUACUGCACUUGUCAUUAGAUAGAGUAAUGGAUAGUAAUAACCACCCUUUCAACAACCAGGGCCUGGAUGACAAUGAUCCAAAUUUCCUAGUGAUUAUAAACAAAGGAUGGGUUUUUACCAGUAGAUGCAGGGAUGUAGCUAAAGUUUUUAACAGGCGGGAAUCUUGCAAUGAUAGGCGGGUAUUUGGGCCGAAGGCCCACUCUAGCAUGCCUUUGGCACGCUAUACCUAGAUUUGAGGGUGUAAACAAAUGAAAUAAAUAAAUAACAAUCUUCUGACAACAUUUAAAAACAUUUUGGAGAAAGAAGUAGUGCUUCACAGCCGGAAAAAUCACAUUCACAGCUGGGUAAUUUUCCCGGCUUCCGGCUGUUAUCUACAUCCCUGAGAUGCAGUUAAAAUUCACUGAUGAUUGUUAUCAUAUUUUAUGAAAUGCUUGCAGAUAAAUAGUUUUAGACAUGUCAGGCUUUUAAAGUUGAUAAUUUUUGGGGUGUGAUGUCAAAGGUGAAGACCAAAAGCAAACUAGCCCUGAUUUUGUUUUUAAAUUUUAUUUGUAUCUGAUGAUUUUUCAUUUUAGAGAUGUUCCAAAAAUAUUUUCUUUUCCUAUAAAGAAUGGGCUCCUGUGCCAACCUGUUUAUGCAUCAAAUUAAUCCUUGCUAAGCCAAUACAAAAACUCUUAGCCACUGUUUCUGUUUGCUUAGUAUAGGUUUUGUGUAACAAAAUGGAGUUUUAAUCUUGAAUAUGUGACAGCUGUAAAAUUAACAAUUAACCCUUGACUCCCAAGAUCUGAUUGUUAAUUCUCCCCUCUAGCUGCUACACAUUUCUUUUUAAAUUAGUUUAGAGAAUUUGGUGUUAGAUCUAGAAAAACAACCUCUAUGUGAUAAGUUUUAGUAUUCUCGUCACCUGUUUGCUGGAUGGUGUGUGGAUAUUAUAAGGAGAAGUUACCUUUCAAUCUCUUCUGGGAAUCAAAGGGUUAAAGGAAUUUUAAGAGUACACCUUUAAUUAAUGGUGGAAUGUUUACAUACCUCUGUAUAUAUGAAUUUGAUUAAAAAUGUAAAAAGCAUAUUA